UGCAUUUCUAUUUCUUAUUCAAUGGGGAAAAUGGGCUUUCUCUCCUUCCCCCAUCAUCUCCUCCCCUCCUCGCCCCAGCCCACCGUCCCCCCGUGUAUGAAUCCAGAAUGAACAACCCGCCCAGCCAACCCGAUUCACCCACCAAGAAGCGGAGAAAGGGAGCCACCCGCUUAAGCUGUGCAGAGUGUCGAAGGCUCAAGCUACGAUGCGAUCGAGGAAUUCCUUGUGGCUCGUGCGUCAAGAGAGGGUGUGGCGCAAUCUGCCCUGAUGGAGCUCUGACGACUGGACUCGGAAAUCGGUUCGUCCUUGCCUCCACGCAGGAGCUGCAUGAGAAGAUUAAUGAGCUGGCCAAUCGCGUCCGCGAACUGGAAGACGCGCUACGGGCCUCGCAUUCUCAUUUAUCCUCAGAGCAACACCCUCUUCUUUCUGAGGAGCUGCUGAAAAUCAAGGCUCCACUACAGCGCGACAUCAACCACGCCAAACCUUCCACGACAACCAUCAAGGAGGAGGAAAACAACCCAGAUGUCGUUGAUGCCUUUGGAUCGUUAUCUAUAAGCCUCUCUGGGAAAACCAAAUACUACGGCCAGAUAGCCAAUUCAUGGGAUUUCCUCCAAGACGAACUACCAGAAGACGAAGAGCUUCAAGACGACCAGUUACUUGCUCUACAGAAUGUCCUGCCCGCAAAAAUUCUGACUCGCGCUGCGUCGCUUCCGAUUUCGCCCAUGACUUUCAACGAUAACGUCGGGCUGCAAACUUUAUGCUGGUAUCUCCCACCGGCCGACACCGCGCUUCAGCUGCGGACUACUUACUACACCCAUGCUGCGUGGAUGUACAACCCUAUCAAUAUCGAGUCAUUUGAUAGCGAGAUUUAUUCCCAAUUUUACAACCAGAACGGCCCGAUAACCGAAGACCCGCUCCUGGCACACCGUCUCUCUCUGCUGUUCAUGGUCUUGGCUAUCGGCGCCUUGAUGGAAACCUCUCUACCAGCCUACAACCUGGAAGCAGAAAAAUAUCACCAGCUCGCACGGGCUUCUCUGUUUCACUACUCGUUCUUUGAUAACCCAACGAUCAAUGCAGUGCAGGCUUUGGAUCUGAUGACUUUCUACCUCUUCUUGGCCGACCGGCAUGGAACCAGCUCCGGUGCUCGUUGGGCCACAAUGGGGCUUGCAGUCAAAGUUGGCCAAAGUGUCGGUCUUCGUCGAGACAGCGGACGAUGGAAAGGUGUCGAUCCCGUGGAAACCAAGAGACGCCGCGAGUUGUUUUGGGAACUGUUCACGUACGAUUCGUGGCAGUGUUUGACAUAUGGACGUCCUCCGUCUUUUGCGCUUCCGCACUUUGACUGCAAGAUGCCCCACUUGGAUGAUAAUUCCGAUGAACAGAGUUGCAACGGCUGGAAGCAUCGAUUUACUUCAGAAUGCAUGAGCUUGUUGCACGAUCAAGCGUUCGGCGCCAAAACGCCUACGUAUGCCACAGUUCUCCAGCUUGACCGCAAGCUGCGUGCGUUCCCUGUACCGCCGAUCCUCCAGGUCGCCGGUUUUGGUAAUAACUCUGAGGCUCGUCAAGGAGGUUACCCAGACACCGUCAUGCUCACUCUGCAACGGCAUAUCGUCCUUGCGAUCCGGGAAAUGAGUCUCCUCUAUUUGCACAGGAGCUUCUUCGCACGAGCCAUUAGUGAUCAUCCGAAAGACCCUCUCGGGAGUCCGUACGGGACGUCAGUAAUUGCGGCUUAUCGAAGCGCAGGUUCGUUAGUUGCGAUGAUGCGAAACUUGCAUACGCAGCUCAAAGAACCGAGCGAGAGGAUCUGGUUCCUGUGGACACACAUGUUUUCGUGCGCGGUUGUUCUGGGUUCGAUCGUUACUCGUUGUCCGUCCAUGAGCUUGGCGCCUUCGGCGCUUGUCCAGUUGGACUCGGCAUGCGAAUUGUUCUCCAAGGCUGCACGUGGGUUCAGAGCCAGCAAAGUUCUUGACAUUAUGCUGCAUUUGCAAGAGAAGGCCCACUUCAGUUUAGAUGAGUUCCGAAGAGGCAAAGGAUCCCCUUCGUUGAACCGGUACAACCCUGGCUCGCCGACAACACCCGACCCAGAUCACGACGAGCUGGCUGUACUUGGUGGCAAGACACGUUUGGUCUCGAAGAAAGAACCUGCUUCGCCAGUACUGAUGGACCGCUCCCCGACCUCCCAAAAUCCGGUUGUGCCUUUACCGCUUUCGCCAGGGAUGCACAACCAGCUGCCCCAAAACGUCCGAGAGUAUCUGGAAACCUUCAAGAGUGGGACCGGUCAACAACUAUAUACCAUGGACGCGCAGAACCACUCGUUCUCGAACGAUGGUGGAUCCUUCUCAGACCCAGAUAUUUCGCCAGUUUCCGUUUACGGGAUGUCGUCUUUGCAGUCGAGUUUCCAUGCUGAGCCGAGUUCCUAUAUGCAGCAGCAGCAGCAACAGCAGCAACAGCAAUCUAUGCAGACAAUGAUGCAGAACCAGCAGUCCAUGCAAGCACACCACAGCAUGGACACCUCUGGCGGCGUCACUAAGACUGAAAGUGGCCUGCCACAGUACUUCCCGGUUUACGACUACGGCCUCUCUUCUUCCUCCACGUACACAAAUGGAAAUAUGUUCUCGAACGAACAGAGCCUCAUACUGGAUACGAGCGGCGGUGCCAGUGGCUCCGGUCAGCGAAGGGCAUCGGGGUCGCCAGAUGGGACGAUGCAGUCAACGUGGCUCGAUUUCGUCAAUACGAUGUCAAUGUAGG